AAAAAGAAAAGAACGAAAGCCAAAAAGAUCUGCUUCUCAUACCACCCAAUCAUACAAAACCUGUCGUUUUCAUUUCACAGAAGGGUUUUUGUAGGGUUUUUCAUUUUCAUUUAUAUCUUUCUUCUUUUCCUUCAUUCAAUAUCUAUAGAAAGUAACGAUAAAAAAGGGGAAAAAAAGGGAGAAAAUGGGUUCGUUGAGAGAUGAGGAACAGAGAGUAAUGGGAAAAGAAGAAGAGGAAGAAGAAGAGAAGGAAGAGGAAGAGCCUAUACUAAAACAACAAAACCAAAGGUUUUGUAUGUUUCCCAUUACCUAUCAACCACUUUGGGAGAUGUACAAGAAGGCUGAGGCUAGUUUUUGGACUGCUGAGGAGGUUGAUCUCUCACAAGACGUGCAGCAUUGGGAAACCUUGUCUAGCUCAGAAAAACACUUCAUAAGCCAUGUGCUGGCCUUUUUUGCUGCAUCUGAUGGGAUAGUUUUGGAGAACUUGGCUGCAAGAUUCCUAAAUGAUGUUCAAAUUCCAGAGGCCCGGGCAUUCUACGGAUUUCAAAUUGCUAUGGAGAAUAUUCAUUCUGAAAUGUACAGCUUGCUUUUGGAGACAUAUAUCAAGGAUUCCAAAGAAAAACAUCGAUUGUUCAAUGCUAUUGAAAGCAUCCCUUGUGUCAGUAAGAAGGCUAAAUGGGCUAUCGAUUGGAUUCAGAGUUCCACUUCAUUUGCAGAGAGACUUGUGGCUUUUGCAUGUAUUGAAGGAAUCUUCUUUUCUGGAAGCUUUUGUGCCAUUUUCUGGCUUAAAAAGAGGGGACUGAUGCCUGGUUUGACAUUCUCAAAUGAGCUUAUAUCUAGAGAUGAGGGGCUUCACUGUGACUUUGCUUGCCUUCUUUACGGGUUGCUGCAGAAGCAACUUAAAUGGCACAAAGUCCAUCAUAUUGUUCAUGAAGCAGUGGAAAUCGAGACGGAGUUCGUGUGUGAAGCUCUUCCUUGUGCACUUAUUGGCAUGAACUCGACACUCAUGAGCCAGUACAUUAAGUUCGUUGCUGAUCGUCUUCUGGUUUCAUUGGGCUGUCAAAGAAAGUACAGCGUCGAAAAUCCCUUUGAUUGGAUGGAAUUUAUAUCUUUACAAGGAAAAGCGAACUUCUUUGAGAGGAGGGUUGGUGAUUAUCAGAAAGCAUCUGUUAUGUCAAGCCUUCAAAACGGAGGUAAAAACUACGUUUUCAAACUAGACGAAGACUUCUAAAUCACCCCCAUCAUUCUAGUUUCCAUUUUGUUGCACACUGCAAGUAUUAUAUAGAUGCUGCCUGUUAUUGGUAUCAAAAUAUUCUUUGUAGUAGGUCUGUUUGUCUAUAAUAUCGUUUCAUUAUGCCAUAAAAUCCAAGACAUCAGUUCACUGCCUGCAACAAUAAAAGCUUAAAUCAUGUAUGUAUGUAUAUUAUGCCAUGGCAUCAUUAGGCUUUUACCAUGUGCGGUAAUAAUAAUCAUUUUGUAUGCAUAUUGUUGUCCCUUAUCGAAUUUUUUAACUUAUCGAAUUUUUUAAGUGCCUGUCA